UUUUGGUUUUCUCUUAGCCGUCUCGGGUUCUUCCGGAUGCUGCAGAAGAGGAAGUUGCCGGGUACUCUUUGAAAAUAGCGUUUAAUAAAUACGUUUCUUUUUUAUUUCAGCCGAUAAACUGUAAAUAUUUGAACCUGCAUAUUGCUAAAACGUGACAACAUGCUAUCCAUAGACUUUCUUGACGAUGUUCGGCGAAUGAAUAAACGUCAGCUGUACUACCAAGUGCUAAAUUUUGGGAUGAUUGUGUCUUCGGCCUUGAUGAUAUGGAAAGGGCUGAUGGUUGUGACUGGAAGUGAAAGCCCAAUUGUUGUUGUUCUCAGUGGGAGCAUGGAGCCUGCAUUUCACAGAGGAGACCUCCUUUUCCUCACAAACCGAGUAGAAGAUCCAAUAAGAGUGGGAGAGAUUGUGGUAUUCAGGAUUGAGGGGAGAGAGAUACCCAUUGUGCACAGAGUGCUCAAAAUACAUGAAAAAGAAAAUGGGGAUAUCAAAUUCUUGACAAAAGGUGAUAACAACUCAGUGGACGACAGAGGCCUAUACAAGAGGGGACAGCACUGGCUGGAGAAGAAAGAUGUAGUGGGCCGAGCCCGAGGGUUUGUGCCUUACAUAGGAAUUGUUACAAUUUUGAUGAAUGACUACCCUAAGUUUAAGUAUGCUGUUCUGUGUAUGCUGGGACUCUUUGUAUUGGUGCAUAGAGAGUAAAUCUCCACCCACAACAGCGUGACAAAGGCCAACCACGGAGUGAAGCCCUCACACACUAGCAAAAACCUGGAAGACAGGUCAAUGUAAUUUUUAAUUCUGGAAAAUUCAACAAUCUAGAUUUAAAAAAAAGUUUAAAAUAACAUGAAUGAUAUUUGUAUUUGGUAAAGUUGCAAUACCAUACCAAAACAGAUUUGUUAUCAUCCUUAUGUAUCUUUCUGUCUUGUUGAUGUACCUACAUCAGGCAUUCAGACGUGUCACACCUGUUUCUAAAACUCAGAAUUUUGUAUGGAAUAAAAAAUGUGAACCAAACAA